UCUGUCUCAUAUAUAUUUCACUCCACAGCUGCAGCAAAAUAAAAAGCCUUUCAGGAAUUAGGGUUUCUUCUCUCGCAUCCCCGCAUUCAAGAGAAAGAGGGUAGAAGAAGAAGAAGAAGGCGACAAUGGUGUCGGGUUCAGGGAUAUGCGCAUCACGGGUGGUGGUGGACGCAAGGCACCACAUGCUUGGUCGUCUGGCGUCGAUAGUGGCGAAGGAGCUUCUCAAUGGUCAGAAGGUUGUGGUGGUUAGGUGCGAGGAGAUCUGCAUUUCCGGUGGGCUCGUGAGACAGAAAAUGAAGUAUAUGAGGUUCCUCCGUAAGAGGAUGAACACUAAGCCCUCUCAUGGUCCCAUCCAUUUCCGUGCUCCUUCUAAGAUCUUCUGGCGCACCGUUCGAGGUAUGAUACCACACAAGACAAAGCGUGGGGAAGCUGCACUUGCUCGUUUGAAGGUUUUUGAGGGAAUCCCUCCUCCCUAUGACAAGACAAAGAGGAUGGUCAUCCCUGAUGCUCUGAAGGUUCUGAGGCUUCAGAAGGGACACAAAUUCUGCUUGCUUGGUAGAUUGUCAUCUGAGGUUGGAUGGAACUACUACGAUACCAUCACUGAGCUGGAGAAGAAGAGAAAGGAGAAGGCACAUUUGUUGUACGAGAGAAAGAAGCAGCUCAACAAAUUGAGGGUGAAAGCUGAGAAGGUUGCUGAGGAGAAGCUUGGUUCCCAACUUGAUAUCCUUGCUCCAGUCAAAUACUGAGUAGUCUUAUUCUAGUGUUUUGAUUAUUUUUCUUUUUCUGAGGUAUACCUAAUUGAACUACCCGUUUCAAUUUUGUUGGCUGUUGAUUUUGUCGUUGAACCCUGGAAUAUGAUAUGAUAAUCUUGGAAGCUAUUUAUUUUUGCUUU